AUGAUGAUUUAUACAACAGCUUUCUUCACGCUGUUUUCCUUGCUCCUAGCAUUGGACGCUCGGAAAGUCGCCCCCAUCGUUGUGUCAUUCCAUCUUCCAAUAGCACAGCUGAUGACUCUGAGUCCAUCAACCAAGCAUUUGCAUGAUGCUCCUCCAACGCGGUUGUUGUCUUCCAAGAAGGUGUCGAUUAUAAUGUCUUUCAGCCCAUCAGCGCAACAAAUCUAA